AUGUCAAAAGAUGAGAGUUUGCCCAAGCCAAAGCCGAGGACUCUUCAAAAUGAAAGGGGACAUAUUGAUAUCACAUCUCUGUCCAUGGAAGACUUUAUCUUCCCAGACAUUGAAGAAAAUACGUCGCCGUCAAAAGAUGGUCAAGUUAUCCAUUCAAAGAGCGAUACCGAAGAACCAGGAUAUAGGAUUGAAGCGCAAGAGAGAGAACCAGAACUAAAAGGCAGUAGAAAAGACGAUGGCCAGACCCUGGACCUUGAUUUACGAAAAUCAAAACAGCAACUCUCAGAAACUGCAGCAUUGUGCAGAGACUUGGCUGAUAAAUUAGAUCGUGGAUACCAUAAGCGGAAACAGGCUGCAAAAGAGCAGAGUCGAUUAGUAACUGAGAACGAACGCUUGAAACAACAAUUGAAAGAGGUUAUCGAAGCCAAUUUGCGAUGGCAAAAGUAUAACGAAGAAAGGGAAAACUUUGUGAAAAAUGAACUUAAAAGCAGAAAAACUCACAAUUUCGCCAAUGGAGUGUCCGGAGCCAGCCUGACAGAUGAACAACAAAAAGAAGUUGACAAAAUUCUUCUCAACGCGAAAGCGAAAAUAUCAUCAGUAGAAGAGGAAAAUGAAAAGUUACAGGACUCCAUUAGAGAACUUCGACUCAUUAUUCACCGGAAGGAUCAGGAGAUAGAGAAACUUAAGAAUGCCGGAAUCCGACAGGAUCGCCACCAGUCUUCCCAUGACGAUGAAUAUGUCAGUAUCCUGCGAGAACAAAUCCGCGCCGUGACCGAAGACUUUGAGGCCGAGAGACGAGACCGCGAGGCAGCGCAUUCAAAAAUUGUCGAACUUGAAAAUCAACUGCGACAGUUGAAGGCCAAUUGCUGGCGAUAAUUUAAUAAAUUAUUUUUCCUUUGAUGCAAAAUUGAAUAUACUGUAUAUAACUGCAAAUGGUU